AGAUUAUGAUCGGUAAGCACACAGAACAUACCUUACGGUGUAUUAUGUGGGUAAACCCGACCUCGCUCAUGCUAAUUUGAUUUAUAUAUUUCAAAGUUCGGAUUGGGGUCAAAGUCUUACAUUCAUCAAUAGUUCGUUCCUGUAGAAGUAACUGCUGAAGUUAUUUUUAGGAAGUUUGUUUACAUGUUUUAGUAAGAAUGGCUUUAAUCUCAGCAAAUAAUAUUAAAAAUCAAGUAUUAUAUGGAUUAAUUAAACAACAAAGAAAUAUUACACGAUUUUUUUCACUUGGAGUCUACAAUAACCAGAAAAAAACUUUAACUCCCAAAAAUGGUCAAAAUAUAGUUUUAGUUGAUGGUGUUAGAACCCCAUUUUUAUUAUCUGGAACUGAUUAUGCAAAAUUAAUGCCACAUGAAUUGGCUAAACAAGCUUUAAGUGGUAUACUUACUAAGACUGGAGUAUCGAAAGACGUUAUUGACUAUGUUAUUUAUGGUACUGUUAUGCAAGAAGUGAGAACCUCCAACAUUGCAAGAGAAGCAGCUCUUGCAGCUGGAUAUAGUGAUAAAACUCCAGCACAUACUGUAACAAUGGCUUGCAUUUCUUCAAAUGUGGCUAUGACAUCAGCUAUUGGCCUAAUUAAUAGUGGAAUUUAUGAAACCAUAGUAUGUGGUGGAGUUGAGUUUAUGUCUGACAUUCCCAUCAGACACAGCAGAAAAAUGAGAAACCUAUUGCUAACGGCUAAUAAAGCAAAAACAUUGCAAAAAAAACUUGCUUUGUUGGCUAGUAUCCGUCCAGAUUAUUUUGUACCAGAUUUACCGUCAAUCGCCGAAUUUUCAUCUGGUGAAACAAUGGGACAUUCCGCUGAUAGGCUAGCUGCUGCUUUUGGUGCUACCAGAAAAGAACAGGAUGAUUUUGCAUUAAGAUCUCAUACAAAAGCUCAAGAAGCAGCAAACAAAGGUUGGCUAACUGAUAUUAUUCCAUUCCAACUUCCCGGAGUUGCUAAAACUGUUGAAAAAGAUAAUGGUAUUCGUGUUUCUUCUCCCGAAAAACUAGCUACUCUUAAGCCAGCUUUUAUCAAACCACAUGGAACUAUAACUGCAGCCAAUGCUUCAUUUUUAACUGAUGGUGCUUCUGCUUGUAUAAUAACGACUGAAUCAAAAGCAAAAGAAUUGGGUCUGAAACCAAAAGCCUAUUUAAGGAACUUUUUGUAUGUUUCUCAAGACCCUAUUGAUCAGCUCCUCCUUGGUCCUGCUUAUGGUACACCACAAAUAUUGGAAAAAGCAGGUUUGACACCUAAAGAAAUUGAUGUAUGGGAAUUCCAUGAAGCAUUUGCAGGCCAAAUUUUAGCCAAUUUAAAAGCAUUGGACAGUGAUUGGUUUGCCCAAAAUUUCAUGAACAGAAAAUCUAAAGUUGGAGCUCCGGAUAUUAACAAAUUUAAUAAUUGGGGAGGAUCUCUAUCAAUUGGACACCCUUUUGCUGCUACAGGUGUUAGAUUAGCAAUGCACACUGCUAAUAGAUUAGUCAGAGAGGAUGGGCAUUUUGGUUUAGUCGCUGCAUGUGCAGCUGGAGGACAAGGAGUAGCCAUGAUAUUAGAAAGACAUCCAGAUGCAAAUCCCAACUAAUUUCGACAACACUGGAUUAUAAACAACUUACUUCUAUUUAAAUAAUAUAUAGAAAAAGGGCGUUCAUAUUUUUAUAUAAUAUUAGUUAUCUAUACAAUAGGUUAUUUGUUAUAUAUUUUUAGAUGCAUAAGAAUAUAUUAAUUAUAUAUUUAUACUACUCGUGUAAGAAAUCAAAGUGAAUAAUUGUUUCAAUUAAAAACGAUAUUUUUGUUGA